CAUAUACAUGGAAAUCAACCAUUAAUAAUUAAAAACGAUAUAUCUUGUUGUUAUUUUUUUAAGAGACAACUUCCAGCCCACAAAUUAUUUUUUUCGAGAUUUAUUCAGUGAACAUAAAUAUGUCAAAGGCCGUUUUUCAAUCCAAAUGCUGCAGCCUGCGGAGGUCGCAUAUGCAGGCUGGAUACGUAAUCAAGCCUGGUUUAUUUAAGUUAACUGAGAAUUACAUUCGCAAGUCAUAAGCAUAUGACAACAAUUUACGAUUAACCGAGAAUAAUAGUUACGUUUAUAAUAGUUAAUAUUUUAAAAUACGACAGUCUUGAUGACGAAUGCAGCCUAGAUAUGCGGACCUCCAGCGCCAGCGGAUCUGUGAAGAAGUCGCAGAGCCAUGACGUCACAGCAGUUUCCGGACAGCAGCACAGGACCGCAGUUUAGAAAAUGAACAAUGGCAGAAAGCGUGACGCAUGUUACGAUUCAGCGAGGGAGAAAAAUCCUUAAGUUGGAAAAAUGCAAAGACUGUUGCAGCAGCUUCCACUGCCCUUUCUGCAAGUCCAGCGUCUUCAAGCCAGCAAAACUGGCUAAAUUAAAAUCGCAUCUCAAAUGUCACUAUAAAAAAGCAAUUACUCACGGUGACUUCACCAUUCACAGAUGUGGACUGGGCUGUAGAACGACACUCCAUUAUCACUGCGUGUUCUGCACGACUACGGUCCUGAGGAAAGAAGAUUUUCAAAACCAUUUGGAAGUCUGUAAACACAAACUGCAUCUUCCAUCAGCCACGGAAAAAGCUGUGACAUCUCCAAAAACCAAAGAAACGUCAGUAACCUCUACAGCAAUAGUGACCGCUCCAGACGUCCAACAAACGCCCUCCACCUACAGUUCAAAUGAUACUUCAGUAAACAUCAAUACAGACACAGAGUCCUCCAACAAGGUGUUCUCGAACAAGGUUCGCGUCCGACCCGUUGUCAAGACAGAAUGCCCGAUUUGCAAUGCCCUAAUGAAUAAAUGCAACCUACAGAAACAUAUUGACCGCAAACACACCAAUGACCCGAUAAAAGACCUAAACGCCACAUUUCACCUCACCAGCCAGUGUAUUGAUAACACGAACGGCAUAUUUGCCGUUUUAAAAAUCGCAAACGGUCGUUGCGUGCCACUCCACGUACAGUACAAAACGUGGGGAGAAAAUCACAGAGUCAUCUGUGAAUCCAACGAGUGUCAGGUAAACCUGGAACUUGCUCAGAGUAGCGGCUUGCCGCCGCGCCAAUGCAAGCACAUUACGUCGGUGACCUACUGCCGGUCUUCUGCCGAACAGGUCUCGCUUACAGAAGAAACUUUAACAGAGAUGGCGAGAGCGAAGUGGUUGAGCGAGGAAACCGAAAAGAUGUGUCUCGCCCACCAGCGGCUUGCUGAAAACAACUGCGUGCCGCUUUCUGUUCACGUUACAAUUGGGGCCCUGCAAACCAAGAAAUGCGUUUCGGUUUUCGAGUCCCACCACAUUUUGGGCCGUGUCAUGGUGGUUUAUAAGACAAAAUUGAACAAGUGGUACUGCCCCUGCGCAAAAAAGCGACAGUCAUGCAUUCACAGAUACAUCGCCCACUGGCACCUGUUUCAGACCCAUCCUGAGCUGUUUCGGCCGCCGGUCAUUAACACUGAAGAAGCGCUAUCAGAAGACCGACAUGACUAUCCAGAAGAGAUGGAUGACUAUACCGUGUAUCCCCCAAAGGAACAUGAACUCAAAAACAUGGUAGAUUACAUUUUUCAAAACAAGAAGAUACCUGCCAACCUACCGUACGAUAUCUGCGUGCCAUCGACAGAGAGGAGCCACCCAAGAUCGCUUUGGCCAAAUGAAAUUAUAUGUCAGAGAUGUCCGGAUGCCGUUCCCCUUAGUGACCCUAUCCUGAUAACACAGACUGCAAAAAUACUCACCAACUGGUGCAUUAUUGAAGAUGUUGCCACCUACUAUAAGCAGUGUCCAGAGUGUGAAAUGUGUUACCGGUACCAGGAAUGGAAAGAUGGCCUCCAUAACUUCAACGAUGACAUCAUCCUCGACAUCCCCUUAUGCAUAACCUUGAGAAACCUCUUGCAGGUUCAUACUUCAGUGAGCAGAGCAGUGGAGUUUUUGCAGCUCAUGACAGGUGUGGAGUAUCCACCGGCAGACGCUGUCCUGCGUGCAUAUUUACAUUUUGAAGCUCUUACAGAGCAUGAAUACAAGUUCUCGUGUGUUUCCUGUGGAGAUCAUCCACCUGUGGUCAUAAUGGGUUUACAGAAAAAACCUUUGCAGGUUUCAGAAAAUGACAUUGAAGAACCUCCCGAGGAUUUUAAAGGGGAGGUCAAUGUGGAAAUAUUCUGGGAGGCUUUGUCCAAGGAGAUGAUUGCUCAAGGAUUUGUUGCAAAUGAUGGUUAUAAUCCACUUUCAGUUCCACCAUCCUUUCACUUUUGGGCUCCUUGGAUUGGCAGGAACACACGGCGCUCCGACACGGUGCUAAACACAGAGUUUGAGAAAGUUCACGUUUCCAAUUCUGCAUCAGAGAACUUGAUUUCAGAAGACCGGCUUAGAGACGAACUUUUCAAACAGAAGGUUGAUGUUGUUCGAAGCUUGUGCACAGACUGUGGUUUGGACUCCACUGGAUCUUACAGUGAACUCCUACUGAGAUUGUCAGAUGACAUGAAGUCUGGGGAAACUUAUAAAAAAGUUUAUGAGAAGAUCUGGGCUCCAUCCGGAGGGUGGGGAGUGAUCAUGUGUCCCUGUGGGAUUGUGUACAGUCUGAGAAACAAUCUGCGAGCUGAAACUCCUCAAGACUUCGCCGAUUUGUUACUGUCAUGGAAACACAUGCCAAACAUCAUCAUUUAUGAGUUUGCACACAGUCUCGCCACUCACACGAAUCGAAGGGCACCCGAACAGAUACCCAUCGCUCCAUUUGAAGGAUGCUUAGCGGAGCCCACUCAAGAUAAUGUUGAUCUGGCCAAAAGUGGGCAGUUGAACGUGUCGCUACCGUGGUUGCAGAGCAAGAAGGCUGUUGCAGAUGUUUACGAACAUCCCGUUACAGGAUCUUCUGAUCGUUAUGUGCUGUAUGACAAGAUUCAUGAAGGUAAUCACAAGGACAUUAGAGAUGUUUUAAGGAACGUUACAUCAGUCCCUCAGCUUGCCGGAAAAGUAAACAGCCGGAUCGUAAAGCAGCUGUUUACCGAGAUGAAGAAAAACAGCUACUUUUUGAGGACGUCUUCACCAUCAACACAGCUGUUUCAAAUGAGGAACAUCAUUCAUCGUUAUAAUGAACACAAGAAUAGCAAAGUGAUUGACAGGUCUGUGUUUGGUCAAUCUAAGUGACGUUUAAAGUUUUCUGUACAUAACUUUUUUGUUUGACUGCCCAAGUUAAAUGUGUGCAAUUUAAUUUUUUUUUAAUUUUUAUAAAUUGAACGUUAAAUGCAGUUCAUUA